GAGGAGGCGCCUGCCGCUAACAAAAGUCUGCGGCGGAGGCUCUCCCCUUUCUCCCUCCACGGGCAACAAGUGGCUGGCGGCGGCCUCCCGGCGGAGGCGACAACAGCGGCAGCACUGCGAGGAGGAGCAGGAGGAGGAAGGCGGAGCGGCGCUGAAGCAUCGGAGGAGCCCCAGCGCCGGCCGCGGGGCGGUAGAAGCAGCGCCCGGAGGUCGUCCCGCCCGCCCUGCUUGUGGAUUAUAACUGGAGCCGCCUCCCUUGCCCUGACACCCCGGCUGGAAACCGGGGCGGGGAGGGCGCCCCGAAACAUCGUAUUUUUGAUUCUUUCCCUUCCCUCCCGCCCCUUUUUUUUUAAUUUUUAUGUUAUCGUUUUGGAGGGGGCAAGGGAGGGUGUCGGCCACCCGAGAAGAAACGGAGGAAGUUACAAGGCUGUUUGGAACAUGUCGCCGUGAAAACUCUUGGGAGCUCUUUCCCCAGCGCUGCCCCAGGGCUCCACUCCAUCGCCCGCCGUCGCUCGGCGCCCCGGGGCAGAAAUGCUGAGCGGCGCCGUGGGAAAGCGGCGACGAGCAUGAAGCCAGCAGGAUGGGCGCGAACAAUGGCAAGCAGUACGGCAGCGAGGGCAAGGGCAGCUCAAGCAUCUCAUCCGACGUGAGUUCAAGUACGGAUCACACACCCACCAAAGCCCAGAAGAAUGCAGCUACCAGUGAAGAUUCCGACCUGAGCAUGCGGACACUCAGUACACCCAGUCCAGCAUUAAUAUUUCCACCAAAUUCCCCUGGUUUCCAAAAUGGCAGAGGUUCGUCUACAUCUUCGUCCUCAGUCACUGGGGAAACUGUUGCCAUGGUCCACUCACCACCUCCAACCCGCCUCACGCAUCCUCUCAUCCGGCUGGCAUCCAAGCACCAGAAGGAACAGGCCAACAUAGACCGGCUGCCCGACCACUCCAUGAUCCAGAUAUUCUCCUUCCUGCCCACCAACCAGCUGUGCCGCUGUGCCCGUGUGUGCCGCCGCUGGUACAACCUUGCCUGGGACCCGCGGCUUUGGAGGACUAUUCGCCUCACUGGCGAGACAAUCAACGUAGACAGGGCUCUUAAAGUGCUGACCCGGAGGCUUUGUCAGGAUACUCCCAACGUAUGUCUCAUGUUGGAGACAGUAAUUGUUAGUGGCUGCAGGCGGCUCACAGACAGAGGACUCUACACCAUUGCCCAGUGCUGUCCAGAACUGAGGAGGCUGGAGGUGUCUGGAUGUUACAACAUCUCCAAUGAGGCAGUCUUUGAUGUCGUGUCACUGUGCCCAAACCUGGAACACCUUGAUGUGUCAGGCUGUUCCAAAGUAACAUGCAUCAGUUUGACGCGUGAAGCCUCCAUCAAGCUGUCUCCCUUACACGGGAAACAAAUCUCUAUUCGCUACUUGGACAUGACAGACUGCUUUGUCCUGGAGGACGAAGGACUGCACACCAUUGCCGCCCACUGCACUCAGCUGACCCACCUGUACCUGCGCCGCUGCGUCCGCAUCACCGACGAGGGUCUCCGUUACCUGAUGAUUUACUGCACGUCCAUUAAGGAACUGAGUGUGAGCGACUGUCGCUUCGUCAGUGACUUCGGCAUGCGGGAGAUUGCCAAGCUGGAGUCACGUCUCCGAUACCUUAGCAUCGCUCACUGCGGCCGGAUCACGGACGUGGGCAUCCGUUACAUAGCCAAAUACUGCAGCAAGCUGCGCUACCUCAACGCGCGGGGCUGCGAGGGCAUCACGGACCACGGCGUGGAGUACCUCGCCAAAAAUUGCACAAAACUCAAAUCGCUAGAUAUUGGCAAGUGCCCUCUGGUCUCAGACACCGGCCUGGAGUUUCUAGCCCUCAACUGCUUUAACCUGAAGCGCCUGAGCCUGAAAUCUUGUGAGAGCAUCACUGGGCAGGGCCUGCAGAUUGUAGCUGCCAACUGUUUUGACCUGCAGAUGUUGAAUGUGCAGGACUGCGAUGUCUCUGUUGAUGCUCUGCGAUUUGUUAAACGACAUUGCAAGCGCUGUAUUAUAGAGCACACCAACCCUGCUUUCUUCUGAAAGGACACCCCACACCUGUCAUUACAAUGCAGUAUUAAAAACACUGAUGUAGAAACACACGCUCCCAUAUUCAUUAAUGCUGUCUUUUCUGUCGCUCACGGGAGUCAGCUUUUCUUGUACAUUGUGAGUGAGGAGGGUUUCUAGAGGACUAUUUUGUUUGCUUUUUAUAUGAUCACUUUUUAAGGUGCCGUGGGUCUCUGUGGAGAGGCAGCCUUAAUGCAAAAGCAAUGAGUGCUCAGCAUCCCCACUGGAGUGCCAUUUCCAUAAGAGCCAUGAACUUGUCCCAGGCUACAGUAGCUGCCUCCAAAGGAAAUAGCACAUAAUCCCUCCUUUGGAAAUGCUACUAAGCUGUGUCAAAUACAUCUGAAUUCCAGCUGUUCUCGUGAAGCUGACUAUGCAAUAUGUGUCUGUGUUCCCCAACUUUUUCCAAUAUGGCUGAUAAAGCAUCCUCUUCUCUCCACAUAGUUUCCUUUUGGUAGUCAUCCAUUGUAAUCCCUCAGGAAAUACUAGGUAAUGUUCUUAAACAUACUCAACUGAGGCAGAAUAAGACCUGCUGGCCAUUGCUGAGCACUUCUACUGAGUGAAUCUAGAGAUUGUGCCCAUGCAUGGAUUCUCUUGGAAAGUCACUUGUGUAUCAUCGCUACUUGCCUUCAUUUCUAAAUUUGCCCUCUCCUGCAUGUGUAGUACAACCCCCUGGUAGUAGAUAGGGAUUUCUGGCUCUGAUAAGCAAUGACAUAUUCACCUGAGUGAAGGAGAACAAGUGGGAUAUUGGUGGCCUGGCAAAAGGAAAAGCCAGCAAACCAGCCUGAGAAGCUGCUGUAAUUCUGCAACAAUCUGAGAUAGCACUGUAGGACACUGGGGAGAGUCUGAGGCAUUGUGGAGUAGCUUGCUUAGGGCAGUCCCAAUCACUGUGCUGUGUGAUUGUCACCAGAAAGUCUGUCUUUGUUCCUUCACUGUAUCUUUUCAGCAGCUGUGGCACCACUGCAGUUGAUGCUCCCUGAGCAAACCAGGCACGUCCAUUAAGGCAAAGUCAGUAUGUGCCUUAUUACACUUAGAAACCCGACCCUUUUCUGUGACCUUCCAGUUCAAAGGAUAGAUGGCUGAUCUCAAAACUUCUAAGACAUUAGCCUAAUGUUAGAUAACACCCCUGGGGACAGAGGGGCUUCCAGUGUUAUUCAGAUUAGAUUUAGAUUUUUUCAAACUUUGUGUGUGUUCCCUUAGGCUGGAGAUACAGUUGCUGUUCAACAAAUAAUUAAACACCAGCAUUGCCCUGUGACCCUGUGAGCUCCUAGUACUCUUCAUGGUUGCUCUUGCUCUUGCAUGAGCAGGAGUGUUUUGAAGGUCCCCCAUCUCACUGCCUCAUUCCCCAGAGUGUGUGGUCGAUUCAUGGUUACUUUCUUCACAGUUUUCUGGCAGCUGUUUCUCUGCAUUUUCACGUGUAAUGCUCAGAUCUGAAAGCCAGACAUGCGAGGCGUGAUGAUAUUUUCAGGCAGGCCCCCUGUGCCUGACUGACAGGUGAAUUCAUACAUUCAGCUCAAACGCUGUAAGUGUCUCAUAAGAAGGGAAGCACUGUGUCUAGUUUUCCUAAGCAGUAGUUCCAUCAACUCCAGACAACACUAAUAAAAUCAUUGGUAUGAAGUGAAAAUCAAUAUGCUUGAGAAAAAUACAUAACCGGUGAGGAAAUACUUACAGCAAUGCUCUCUCAAAUUGCAAAAAAAAAAAAAAGAAAAUGCAAUGGUUUGAACAUGUACCUGCAGAGGGCACUUAUCCUACUGCUGCAGAAAUUCCUGUAACUUAUGUAUAUUCCUCCAAUUUUGAGUUUCUUGAGGAUGUCAUCAGCUCUGAAUUAUAAAUCAAAGUGUACUAAAGCAAAGAGGGACACAGAAAAUGAAUUUGCCAUUCUAGUGUUACUGGUCAGUGACUUAUAGGGGGUGAUACCAUCUCUUAGACAGUUAAUUUCACUUUGGUUUUCCUUUCCAUAUUUUUAAAAUAAGAGAUUCUUCUCCAGCAAGUAAUACAGUAUAUUUUAUUUGAGCCAGCUAUACUAUUUGUUUAUCCUUUAUCUAAAAAUGGCCUCGAGGAAUUUAAAUAUUGAGCCCAUUCCUGAGGAUGGUGGGAUUUUGAGCCAUUUGCACUCAUGAAAUAUAAGGCCUCGCUAGUAACAUUUAAUUGUUUAUUAAAAAAAAAAGGCUACUUUUCUGGCUAUGUUAAAUUGAGUGAAUAGUGCUACAUGGUUUUUAAAUUUCUAAUGUUUAAAUUGGCCUGUACUGUACAAAUCUCACUAUAAAGCCUUAAUUUGCUACCAAGAAAUAAAGCAAUAUAUUGGUAACUGA